AACAUGGAAGGGGCUCUGAUCGCCCGGGACAGAGUUGGGGUACAGGACUUCGUUCUUUUGGAUUCCCACACCAGUGAGGCUGCUUUCUUGGACAACCUUCGCAAGCGAUACAGAGAGAACCUCAUCUACACAUAUAUUGGUACCCUUCUAGUAUCUGUGAAUCCCUACAAAGAGUUGGAUUUCUACUCAGUUAAACAGAUGGAGAUUUAUCAAGGGGUCAACUUUUUUGAACUGCCACCACAUAUAUAUGCCAUAGCUGACAAUGCCUACCGGGUAAUGUGUGCUGAAUACAAUAACCAUUUCAUCCUCAUCUCUGGGGAGAGUGGCGCUGGGAAAACAGAAUCCUCCAAGAAGAUAUUGCAGUACUUUGCAGUGACCUGCCCCACUACGGAACAGCUGCAAAUAGUCCGUGAUCGCUUGCUGCUCUCCAAUCCAGUUCUGGAGGCUUUUGGAAACGCAAAAACUCUACGUAAUGACAACUCAAGUAGAUUUGGAAAAUACAUGGAUAUCCAAUUUGAUUUUAAGGGAGCUCCAGUAGGAGGGCAUAUCCUCAGUUACCUGAUUGAGAAAUCCCGAGUCGUUCAUCAAAACAAUGGGGAACGGAAUUUCCAUAUCUUCUACCAGUUGCUGGAGGGCGGGGAAGAUGACCUGCUUCGCUGGCUAGGACUGGAGCGCAACCCGCAGAAGUACAUGUAUCUUAUACAGGGUCGAUGUGCCAAAGUGUCUUCCAUUAAUGACAAGAGUGACUGGAAAACAGUCCGCAAAGCCUUCUCUGUCAUUGACUUCACUGAAACAGAUAUUGAGCAUCUCUUUGGGGUCAUUGCCAGUGUCCUGCACCUGGGGAAUAUUCAGUAUGAAGAAGAUAGUAACGGUCAUGCCAUCAUCACCAACGGCAGCCAGAUCAAAUGGAUCUCAAAGUUAUUGGGCGUUCACUUAUCCAUUCUACAGGAAGCUCUUACGCACAGAAAGAUAGAAGCCAGAUCAGAAGAGGUCCUAAGUCCCCUGAACAUAGACUUGGCAUUCUGUGCUCGGGAUGCAGCAGCUAAGGCGAUUUAUGGACGGACUUUUACUUGGCUAGUCAACAAAAUUAAUGGAUCUUUAGCCAACAAGGACCUCACCAGGAAAACGGUGAUUGGGCUGCUUGACAUCUAUGGGUUUGAAGUGUUUGAUACAAACAGUUUUGAACAGUUCUGCAUUAAUUACUGCAACGAAAAGCUCCAGCAGCUGUUAAUCGAAAUGACUCUGAAGGCAGAGCAGGAGGAAUAUGAGAUGGAAGGCAUAGAGUGGGAGCCAAUUCCAUAUUUCAACAACAAGAUCAUCUGUGACUUGGUUGAAGAGAAACACAAAGGAAUAAUCUCCAUACUGGAUGAAGAAUGUUUACGGCCUGGUGAAGCAACUGAUUUAAGCUUCCUGGAAAAGUUGGAAGAGAAAGUAGGAGAUCAUGCCCACUUCCUGACCCGCAAGCUUGCAGAUCAAAAGACACGAAAAUCAAUUGACUGGGUGGAUUUCCGUCUCCUUCACUAUGCAGGGGAGGUCACUUACUGCGUAGUAGGAUUCCUAGAGAAGAAUAACGAUCUCCUGUACAGAAACCUAAAAGAGGUACUGUGCAAGUCUAAAAAUGGCAUAAUUAAAGAAUGUUUUCUUCCAUCUGAGCUAGACAACAGGAGACGGCCUGAGACUGUUGCAACCCAGUUCAAAAACAGCCUGGCUAGCCUAAUCGAAAUCCUGAUGUCCAAGGAGCCUUCUUACAUCCGGUGUAUUAAACCCAACGAGGGCAAAGAGCCUGGAAAGUUUGAUGACGUCCUGAUAAGACACCAGGUGAAAUACUUGGGGUUGAUGGAGCACUUGCGGGUGAGGCGAGCUGGCUUUGCAUACCGGCGAAAGUAUGAACUCUUCUUGCAAAGGUACAAGUCCCUGUGCCCGGCUACUUGGCCUCAUUGGCAUGGACCAGCAGCUGAUGGUGUGGAGAGGCUCAUAAAGCACAUUGGGUACAAACCUGAAGAAUACAAACUAGGAAGAACGAAAAUAUUCAUUCGUUUCCCAAGGACUCUGUUUGCCACAGAAGAUGCAUUUGAAUACAGCAAACACCUGCUAGUUACAAGAAUACAGGCCAGAUACAAAGGCUGCUUAGGGAAGAGAGAAUACAAGAAACAGAAGGAAGCAGCUAUUAAGCUCGAGGCCUGCUGGCGAGGGGCACUGGCACGCAAAGAGGCCAAGAGAAGAAUUUGGGCUGUUGAGACCAUCAAAAGGUUUAUAAAAGGCUUCAUCAAUCGAAAAAAUCCUCUUUGCCCAGAAAACGAUGAGUUUAUAAGCUUUGUGCAGUACACCUAUCUCACGAAGCUCAGAGACCACGUUCCCAAAAAUGUCUUGGACAAGAACUGGCUCAAGCCUCCUGCUAUCUUGGAAGAGACCUCUGAGAUGCUGAAGAAAAUCUGCAUGAGGAACCUCGUGCGACAAUAUUGUCAAGGGAUUACAGCUGAGAAGGCGGCCCAGUUGCAGCAAAAAGUAGUAGCGAGUGCCAUUUUCAGAGGGAAGAAGGAUGGCUACCUGCAGAGCAUAAGCCAGCCCUUUGCAGACACCAGGCUAAGUGAGAAAGACAUAAACCCCAAAGUACUGCAACUAAUUCGUGGUGAGAAGGUCAAGUAUGUGACGCCAGUUGUAAAAUACGACAGGAACGGGUUUAAAGCACGAGAACGGCAACUUCUUCUGACCCAGUCCGCAGCUUAUGUGGUGGAAAUGGCCAAGAUCAAACAGAAAAUAGACUAUGCGACUCUGAAAGGUAUUUCUACCAGCAAUCUGAGUGAUGGGCUCUUGGUCAUCCAUGUUCCUGAGGACAACAAACAGAAGGGAGACGUGAUCCUUCAGUGCGAGAACAUCUUUGAGACCGUCACAAAGCUCAGCGUGCUGGCCAAUAAACAAAACACUGUCCAAGUUGUUCAGGGAAGCCUCCAGUUUCACAUCAGUUCUGGGAAAGAAGGGAUGAUAGCUUUCACAACUGGGCAGGAGCCUCAGAUCUAUAAAGCCAAAAAUGGACGCCUAACAGUGGUGUCAACCAGAACAAAGUCCUGA